AUGGACAUUGUUGAGGGGCUUCUGACGAAGUCCGCACAGCUGCGUGAAGCUGCACGUCUGUCCGAUGAGGGAUAUGACCGCCAGAUCCGUGCUAAUGUGACAUCCCUAAGACAUGUUAUGUCUCGUGGUAGUCUUUCCAGCAACGACUCUCUCUUUGAUCAUUUCGAUCCAGGUGCAGAUUCCCUCGCCUAUUUGUUUCUCCUCCACGCACAGAUCCAUGCCCUCCAAGAGGCAUCUUGUGAAACUGUACCAGCAGGUUUGCUUCCUCCAGGAAGACUCUGGUCUAGGAUGGUCUCCUACCUAAAGGCUUUCGACCCGGUCCAAGUCAGGUAUGCGGGCCAGGAGUGGCGCCAGCUAGUUGAACUUGUCGGACAAGCUGCACAGAUGGCUUCAAAGCCUAUCCUAGCCGUACGAUUGGUCAGGGAUGCCAUGUUGCGGCUUGACCCUUCAUGUGCGGUCUUCACAUCAACACACCUCCUUCUAGUCCAAUUAUGCUUGCGUGCAAGAGCUUAUGCCUAUGCAUUGCCAGUAUUGAACAAAUUUGUCUGCCACUUCCCCACCUCGACUUCUCAUGCCACAUCACGGUCCUCCGUGGUACCGUGUGCCACGCACGACUCAAGCUUGUCCUUCAUCACCGAGGCCUCUGGGCUUUCGUCCAAUUUGACUUACAAAGACUAUUUACGAUAUUUCCUUUAUGGUGGAAUGGUGUAUUCGGCACUGAAGAAGUGGUGCAAAGCGGCCCAUUUUUUUGGAGUUGUCAUCUCGAUGCCAGCUACGGGCUCCAUCAGUAUGAUCAUGGUAGAAGCUUACAAAAAGUGGGUUCUAGUGGGCUUGCUAGACAAGGGCAAGUUGUGCUCACAUCCGAGCAUGAUUGCAUCCAAUGUGGUUAAAAUUUAUCAGUCCCUCGCCAAGCCCUAUGUCAAUCUCGCUCAGACUUUUGAGCGGGGUGAUAGGAAAGCCCUAGAGGCGGAAAUUGACGCUGCUCGGGACAUUUGGUGCGCAGAUAACAAUAUGGGCCUCGUCUCUCAGGUGAUGAAUGCUUACUCAAAGCAUACUAUCAUCGGUGUUAAGAAGACAUUUGCCGCCUUAACAGUCACGGCGAUUGCAGAGCAGGCAUCACCCGCGCACACUAGUGACGAAGCUACAGAGUCAAUCAUAGCUUCUCUCAUCAUGUCCGGUGCUAUGGAGGCCACAUUAGUGCAACUUCCAAAUCGCAAUAGUUCCACGAUGCUGCGAUUUCUGGCCACCCCUUCUUUCCGCCAGCUCUCUCGCGAGAGUAGGGUACAAACCCGUCUCAUGCAGGAAAGACACUCGUUGGAGGCCUUGGUGGACAGUCUAGAUGAGAGUAACCGCCAUAUGGGGCUUAGCGAUGAAUUCGUUGAUAGUAUACAAAAAGGCCAGGCUUGGGCGAGAAUGAGCGAUGUCAACCCUGGAAUGGGUGAGGAUGCCGGGCUCGAGAUAGAUGAGGACCUAAUGGGUGAAGUAUCUUAG